AUGACUGUCCCUUCCACGGACCAGGAGGUACAAAGUGAGGCUUAUGAUGAGCUGAAAGCCAAAGAAGAGGGUGAUCCCGUAUACCGAGAGCAACUCCGAAGAGAAGGCCGUUCGCUUGCCUACCCCAAUUUUAUCUGGGGACCUCCAUCCCACCUCCUUAUUCAAGCUGAAACGCCGCCUCCGCCUCCAAUUAAAUACGAUCAACUUUAUAAAAUUGAGAUAACCGUUUUCGAACGAUAUGUGAUAUCUACACCGGUCAUUGGAGGCUUCUAUCAUAAGUCCUUUCUCUUCGAGGACAAUGGGAUACCAAAGAUUACGCCAGGGCCGGCUCCUGACGCGCGGGACCGUUGGGGAAGCGAAGUUCGAAUUCAAUACCUAGGUCCGGAGCCUGACCCUCCAACCUUUGCAAAGGAUGGCGAUAAGGUGAGGGUUCAGAUAAUGGAACCAGGUGCUACAGACCAGGACGAACCGGCACCUCGUGGCUAUUUGCAUAGGCUUCUUAAUUAUUCGGUUGGGACCACGCAAUAUGCGGGUCCGGAUUAUAUCACAUUCACGCUGGAGCUUUUGCCGAGCUAG